AUGGCCGUAGUAAGGGUUGACCAUGACUCUCUUCAGGUUGAACAACACUUGAUGUACGAAACUCUGAAGGCAUACAUCGAUGGAAAGAUCCAUCCGUUGAUAAGAAGCCGCGUCUGGCCGCACAUUCGGGUCUGUGGCCGAUAUGCUCGAAGUGAUCCCGAUGUACAUAUUUCACCUACCGAGAAACGGGAAAAACGAUUCAAUUGGCAUCGACCAAUAGCUGUUAUCGUCAACGAGUUCACGCUGGAGAUCAGGUGUUUCCCUGGACGAGACUACGUGCAACAUUACGCUCUCCUCAUCGCGUAUUACCUUAAGCUGAACUCGAUCAAGGCCCCUGCAUCAAUAGUAGAAUAUCUUCUACCUUCUUCAGAAGCUUGUGUGAAUAUUCUCUUGCAGUCCAAUUUGCGAUUCAUGGGCGCUGUCGACACAGUCAUCCUUGGGUAUGUGGAUCAUCUGGCCACCAAUGAAGAUUAUAUCUGGGAAACAGGGACAGAUGUCCCCGAUCAGUUAUUUGCAUGGAAACGCUUCUCACUAGCCGAUGGAAGUGUUGUUGCCUUCGUGGGAAGCAUGGUGAGCCUCUGGGGCGAUAUCAUCGGAAAUGUCGUUCGCACAAUGCGAACCCAGAACAACAUAUCCAGUGUUUUUUACAUGGGAAAAGCAGGGUCAUUGAGAACCCAAGAUGUGCCGAAUCAGGUGCUAGUCACCGGCGAAUCGAGUCGUGUGGAUGGCAAGCUUCUUUCUUGGGAAAGCCCCCUCAGUACGACAUUAUCGACGAUGAAAAUCGAACAACUUUGUCAGGGGACUCACGUUACGGUGCCAAGCCCCUUGGUCGAAACUGAGGAUUGGUUAGCUAUCAACAAACAGGAUGCAGACUGGGUGGACUGCGAGGUUGGUUACCUAGCAGAAGCCUGCCAAGACAACAAUAUUCGAUUCGGGUAUUUGCACUUUAUUUCAGAUAAUGUGGCACAAAAAUACAUAUAUAAUCUUGCAACAGAGCGCCAGGAGGCUGUUAUAAGCGCGCGGAAGGGUAUUUGGGACAAAGUCAGGCAAAUCCUGGCCACACAUUUAGGUAUAGAGGACUUGGGGGGAAGUAUGCAAGGGCAGGUUUGUAAAAUAUAG